CAAUAUUUCUUAUUUUAUUGAUUUAAUUUGCAGUAUUUUUCUCAUCAACAUUGAUCAAUGACAAGCUACAAAUUCUUGGAUCAACGAAAAAGGUAAAAAAAAAAAACACAACUGACUAUGAACCUCACAACACCAUCCUGAAAUUCAAAGGAAGCAUCUUUUGUACAACCACAAACGUCCUGCUUCUUCGAGAUAAUGUGGACCCCCAAUUGAAAACUGCCCCUCGCUAUCGCAGCCAUUGAUCGAACAAGAUGCGAGAUCCUGUACACAAGCAAUGCAUCUUCCAUGACCCCAUCAUCCAUGACACAACAUCUUGUCUGUUUUCUGACCACCUUGCUCUAAUCCUUUGCAUUAUUCUUUGAUAAUCACACACAGCAUGGAGACUACCACAUAGAGAUGUGAAGUUCCCGUUCGAUAUAAUUCGCUUCACUACAGCCUAUGCCUGCAAUCUAAACUGCUUUAUCUGCUACCUUUUUCGCUAUUUCCCAACAGCAGCGGCAACUCCAGGCGGGAUUUUCUGGAGCCAUGUUGGAAGGCAAAGCCGUCGUCAAUGAGACUGAUAUGCUUCAAGCAAUGCAGCAAGACGCUCUCCAUUUAGCUGCAAAGGCUCUCGAUAACUUCGAUGUCACCGAACCCACUGAAAUUGCUCAAUUCAUAAAGAAGGAAUUCGACGAGACAUACGGGCUGGGGUGGCAAUGCAUCGUAGGAACAGAUUUUGGUUCGUUUGUGACACACAGCCAAGGCUGCUUCAUCUAUUUCUUCAUCGGUAGCCUUGCAUUCUUGCUUUUCAGGGGAACGGCUAAUCUCGCUGUGGAAGCAGAUAAGAUCCCGCCACUGGAGGUUGUGAAGGCAUAAGCUCUGCUUCAUAAACCUUGACUUCCUUUUUGCUCUCCUCAAAUAUGUACAUCAAGAAAAUAAAUAAACGAAUUCCAAGUUCUGUAAUUUCUGGCCCUUCGUUCUGUCGACCUUCCAUUUCAUUAAGCUGAAUGAAAGUGAAAAUUUCAUAUCCAA